AUCAACUACGUCGGUCUCUGUGUCCGCGAGACCCAAGCCACGGUGGAUUGGUAUACGCGGGUGUUCGGCUUCGAGCUCAUCGGCAACAACAUCUCGUAUAUCAUUCCCGACCAAAUCCCUGACGACACCAUCUUUGGCAUCUACCAAGACUCCCUGCACAAAGUCAAGAUAGCGCACAUGGUGACCUGCAACGGGGUCGCAUUUGGGCUGUUCGAAUUUACACCACCGCCAUCAACUCUGUCACCCGUUCGAGGAGGGAUACAACCGCAACGGACUGUUCCAUAUAUCUGCCUGACAGAUUCAAACCCCGAAGCGGUCGCGGAUCUGGUUGAGGAGGCCAGCGGGCGGAAGAUC